AUGAUGGUUAAAAGUGCUAAGGCACAUAACCAUGUUGCGGAUUUGGAAGAAACCUUCCAAGUUCUCAGAAAAUACCGAACGAAGCUCAACUCAACAAAAUGUGCUUUUCGAAUCUCGUCAGGGAAGUUCUUAGGUUUCAUGGUGUCUCAAAGAGGGAUCGAGGCAAAUCCUGAAAAGAUUCAGGCUAUACUCGCCAUGCACUCACCACGGAAUAUCAAGGAGGUCCAAAAGCUCACAGGACGAGUUGCAGCUUUGAGCAGAUUUAUCUCACGAGCAACUGAUAAGUGUCAAACAUUCUUUAAAGUUCUGAAAAAAGCCUUUGAAUGGACAACCACGGAGGAAAUAGCUUUCACCCAAUUGAAGGAGUAUUUAGCAUCACCAUCGCUGCUGAGUAAGACCCAAGAUGGAGAGAAUCCAUUCCUGUACUUAGCUUUCUCUCUUCAAGCCAUCAGCAUGGUUUUGGUUCGGGAAGAGCAAGGAACCCAACUCCCAGUGUACUAUACCAGCAGGGCGCUACGGGGAGCUAAAUUAAGAUACCCCAGAGCUGAAAAAAUAGCCUUUGCAAUGGUGAUAGCAGCCAGAAGGCUACGGCCGUACUUCCAGGCUCAUCCAAUCAAAGCGCAAGUGCUGGCAGAUUUCCUUGCAGAAUACACAUAUUCAGAGCCAAAGGAGCUCCCCAAAGAAGAACCCAAACCUUGGGUCCUUCAGGUUGACAGAUCAUCAACCAGAGAAGCAAGCGGAGCUGGCUUAAUUCUAACAUCUCCGAAAGGGCAACGCCUUAGCUACGCGCUUAGGUUUGAGUUCAAGACAACCAACAAUGAGGCCGAAUAUGAAGCCCUAGUGGUUGGACUGGAACUAGUAAGUACCGUUGGAGCUAGCCAUGUGCUGGCCAAAAGCGAUUCACAGCUGGUCGUGGGACAAGUCCUCGGAGAAUACACCGUCAAGGAAGAAGUAAUGCAGAAGUAUGUGGAUAGAGUGAAGGCCCAAGUUGCGAAACUGCAAAGCUUCAAUAUUGUCAGAAUCCCAAGAGAGGAAAACAAUGAAGUAGAUUAUUUAGCAAUGCUGGCCACGGCCAAAGAGGAUGCUAUUCCACGGAAUACACCUAUAAGAUACUUAGAGUUGCCAAGUAUCUUCUCCCCAGAAAUACAAGUUCAAGCUAUCAAUUACAGUGACUCAUGGACAGGUCCCAUAGUUGAUUACAUAACUAAUGGGGCACUACCAGACGAUAAGGUCAAAGCUAAACAGCUCAAGAUCAAAGCUGCAAAGUACCUGAUGAUGGGAGAUGUGCUAUAUAGAAGAAGUUUCUCAUUACCCUACCUAAGAUGUCUGACCACAACGGAGUCUACACAAGCUAUGGAAGAGGUCCACCAAGGAGUAUGUGGGGAUCACCAAGGGGGCCGCAUGUUAGCCUACAAACUCCUCAGGUUGGGAUACUACUGUCCCAGCAUGUAA